AGAUAUUUCUAGACAAACCCCUAAACGACGUCGCCAACCCAUACCCUUGUCUCAUCCAUUGACCAAGCCUUCACCUUCCCAUAUAUACACACGCAUAUACAUAUAAAUCUCUAUCUCUAUCUCCUUCAUUAUCCUAUCCUUCCGACGCUUAUCGCGGUCAUGAAUCUCAACUCCGAUCAUCUAAUCUCUCCGAUCCGCUUUAGUCGCGAUCUCUCCAUAUAGAUCUGACCAUAAAGUUUCGAUCUUUACAUCUAAACUCACUAAUCUCAAUCAAAUCUAGGGUUUUGACAAGCUUUUAUUCAAUCAUUGAAGAAAUUAGGGCUUUGAAGAGCAUCGAACAAUGCAUUCGGUGCCUUCACUUCAUGAUUUGAUUGUGUCUAUGGCGUCUAAUUUUAAUUCAUUUCAUGGUGCUUCGUGUUCGCAUCGUCUGAAACAUCUUGAAAAAAGCGAUCGUCGUGGUAAUCUUGUUAGUUAACACUUACUUUUUAAUAGAUUUUUCAGCUUUGAUAAGGAUAUAUAUAGAUAUAUAUCGUGUUUUUAGUGUUUGAGAAGUUUUGUGUGAGAAAGUUGCGAUCUUUUAGCUAGUAAGAGAUAAGUUGAGCGAGAUCUAGAGGUUCUGUUGGUGUAAUAGCAUCGUGUUUGGAGAUAUAUCGGUGGAGAGGAGUUUCGAUUGCUCGAAAGGUUAUAUUUGCUACUCAUCUGUCUAUGGAAAUCUGCCCAAAUUCUGCUAAAUCAGCUUCUGAAGGUGUGAAGAAUUUUCAUCAAUUGGCUGCAGAACUUUCGCAGUUGACUUUUGGUUCCACCAGAGAACUUUCUGCCAGUGACCUUGGGAAUAAGCUAUUUGAGUCGUUGAACCUUCGAGACGACCAAAAAUUUUCUUCAGGUAUAAUGGAAGUAUGUGAUAAGAAUGGACUCGGGAAGGAAGAUAGCCAUGCAGGCCCUUUUCUGCUGGCAAAUUUAGCAUCUGAGAAGUCCCUGAGCAAAUCUGCAUCUUUUCCGUGUUCUGCUAAUGUCUCACUUCCUACUGCAUCUGUUGGUAAAGAAAUUGAUGAGAAAACAGGGGGUGGGCAGGAUAAGUUAUCAUCAGUAAAAGGAUGUAACGAUGAUAGUUCAUCAUACUUGCGUUCACAGUCUUUGCCCACUCCGUCGAAGCUUUUACCUGCCCUCAAAGGAAGCCGGGAAAAACAUGGUGUCCCACUCAAGAAGCUGAAUGUGACUUGGGCCCCUGACGUAUAUGAUCCCAUUCCCACAUCAGUUUCACAUGUGGUGACAAACAAGUCUCCGAGGCACAGGAAUGACAGUAAAAAGGGCAAGAAGAAUUCAAAGAACAAGCAAAAGGCUGGUGGCAAGUCUUCUCUAGGCAGCAAGGGAAAAGACAAGAAGCAAUCUCGGAAACAUAGUGGGAAUUCUAACAGGUGUUUUAAGCCGCUGGACGAUAAUGUGAGACUUGCUGAUAAGGUUGAUCAUCAUGCUGGUAUGGUAGAUUUCGAAAAUGCCAGCAGCCCGGAUCCAUACUGUGGUACUAGUUUUCUGAAGAACAAUGUCACAAAUUUGCACUUCUCAGUAGCCGAGGCUACUUGAGACAUCAAAUCGAGGCGAUCUAUUUCAUAUAGUGUAUAUAAAUAAGCGGGGAAGGUUUUGGGGGAAAUGAAGUUUGCUUGUUUCAAAACUUUAAACUGUAUCUCAAGCUAGAUUUGUCCAUAUUUUGUUGUCAGAGUUUUGCCUACUACUGAGUCUGAGUGAUUGUGGUGCUUAAUAUAUUUGGCAUAAUGGAUUGUUGGAUGUUUUUUAACUUGCAAGAAUCAUAUUGUCAAUCUGUUUA